UUGCUAAAAUCUCCAAAAGUGACUUUCGGCAGGUCUUUUUUUGGAAUCAUUACCGUAUUAUGUACUUGCAUAGUUCUAAGUUAUGAAAAUGUAACCAAUGUACAGUUGAGGAGCCGCCGCAACAGACUACGCACUAAUUUUGGUGAUGAAGUGCAACUUGGGGAGUGGCCACAUCAUGUCCUUAUCUUCAGAUUGUUCGACAAAGCUAACUUACUGUAUCGAGCGUUUUGUGCCGGUAGCAUUAUCCGUGAAGACAGGGUAUUAACUUCAACCAACUGCUUCUUCACCAAUAGGAAGAACCCAAGACAUAAGUUCCAUCAAGUUCGGUUUGUGGCGGGUAUCCUCAAGACUCUAGGCAAGGAAUCAGAUAACGAAGAGAUUGAACAAUGGCGAUCUUUGAAGCAUGUGUAUACGCAGAAAUUCUACAGAUUUCCCGCUUUCAACCUUGCUGUUGUUAAAUUAACUAAACCCUGGGUUUUCAAUGCUUACGUUAAUAAAAUACCGUACGCAAGUAUAGAACAAGAUUUUGAUGGAGUGUGUACGGCAACCGCAGUGAAGGCAACGAGGAGUUGGUCUGCUGUUAAAUAUUUGUAUACCGAAGAAGUUGAAAUGAUGCAGAGAGAAGAAUGCGAGAAGCUUCUGUGUAGAAGUUGCAGACUGUUUAUGUGCACUAUAUUUGAUAAUCGGAACCAGUACGCGUACUCUGAAACUGAAGGUGGCGGCUUAGUGUGCUACGAAACAGGGGAUCCGGCGGAGGUUGACGAGAACCAAGGUGUGUUGGUCGCUGUGACCAGCAUCGUCAACAUCGGUCUACCAAACCUCCACAUGCGAGUUGGUGCCUUCAACAAGUGGGUGACUGACCUCAGCUGUGACGUGUAUGUUAACAAAUUCAUUAUGGUUCUUUGUAUAUUGAUAUUGUGUUAUUAAACUGUUGCUCUUUAGUUACUGUGUA